CAGGGGGCGGUGCUGCCGCCUUGCCCGCCUUGCCCGCCUCUGCCGCCGAGGCCGCGGGGCCGGUGCGGAGCGCACGAUGGAGGCGCCGCCGGUGACCAUGAUGCCCGUCACGGGCGGCACCAUCAACAUGAUGGAGUACCUGCUCCAAGGGAGCGUGCUGGACCAGAGCCUGGAGAGCCUCCUGCACCGCCUGCGCGGGCUGUGCGACAACAUGGAGCCCGAGACCUUCCUGGACCACGAGAUGGUGUUCCUGCUGAAGGGGCAGCAGGCCAGCCCCUUCGUGCUGCGCGCCCGGCGCUCCAUGGACAAGAGCGGCAUGCCCUGGCACCUGCGCUACCUGGGACAGCCCGAAAUCGGCGACAAGAACCGCCACGCGCUGGUGCGCAACUGCGUGGACAUCGCCACGUCCGACAACCUGACGGACUUCCUGGUGGAGAUGGGUUUCCGCAUGGACCACGAGUUCGUGGCCAAAGGGCACGUGUUCCGCAAGGGCAUCAUGAAGAUCGUGGUGUACAAGAUCUACCGCAUCCUGAUGCCAGGAAACACGGAGAGCAUUGAGCCGCUCUCCCUCUCCUACUUGGUGGAGCUCAAUGUAGUCGCGCCAGCAGGACAGGACAUUGUUUCUGAUGACAUGAGGAACUUUGCUGAGCAGCUGAAGCCUCUAGUACACCUGGAGAAAAUUGACCCCAAAAGACUAAUGUGAUUGAAAAUCUGGGCCAUUAAGGCAUUGUUUUUGUGUUUCAGAAAACAAUGUUUUUAUAAAAGGGUUUUUUGUGGGCAAAUCAAAGCAGGGAGAAGGGAAUAAAGUACUAUAUAUCAGUUUUGGCAGUUAUAAUUACUGAGUGUUUUUUUCCUUCACUUGUGAAUUUGAACAAAAGUGGACACUUUAAACUAGCACUGUCAAAAAAAAAUCAGUAAAUGUUAAUACUGACAGUUUCCUUCUCUUGCAUGGGAGAUAACUUAAAAAGCCUAUUGCCUAACACUAAAAAUGUCAAGACUUACUGGAAUUCAUCCCUCUGUGUACCCAGAUCCCACUACUGUCUUAAGAUUUUUAGAGCACAAUUUGUGUCUCCUACCUAGUAAUCCAAAACUUUUUCUUUUCAGUAAUAGAUGAAGUUAAUGUAGUUUAAGGCAAGAGGUGCUGUUUCACACAAGCAUAAACACAGAAACUGCUAUAUAAAAGAGCAAUUAACUGUACACCUCUUCACCAAACCUUAUAUGACAGGAACAGCUACUUGUUAGGGAAACUGUUUCUUCUGAUGUAACCAAAGUUAGAGUUGGAAGAAAAUCUAGUAAUAUUAACAUUUGCAAGUGGUUUUCACAUCUUUCGACAGUGUUCCAUUAUUUUCACUGGAAUUGGUUAGGACAGUCUUAGUUAAUAAGAAAGUAAAUUACCAGGUACUCUUUAUUACCGAAUUUCUCACAGAUGACAGCUAUAUUAAAUAUUGAAAUGUUAAGUGCUUUAUAUUAAAAAAAAUUAUUCACAGUUUUUCAUUAAAAAUGUAUUACAAGAAAAUCAGCAUCUGUUACUUGAAUUACUGAUGAUUUUGCUUAGCACCUCUCUUAGUAGUAGGAUGGUUAGUUACCCUAGUAGUGCCAUGAUAAUUCAGUGUUUUUUGAAUUAAGUUUGAGAGUUUUCAGGUACAGUUCAGUCAAAUAAAAGCCAGGAAAGAUAAAGGAGCUCAUUUAAAUUUCUCAGGUUUUUUGCAGAGGUCAACCAUUUCACCCACUGAUAAGUGUUCCAAGUGUUCGGGAGGUUUUUAAUAGCUACAUUUUCAACUGGAUCAGUGCUGCAGGCUCCGAUGUGGGGCGUGGGGAGGCCUUGAUUACUGGGCUGGUACUUGAGCACCCUCAGGCUGAAGACAGAGCAGUGAUUUCCAAUGGGGCAGCAGUGAGGCAUCACCAGCAUCACUGCUCAUUACCCUGACUACAGGUGUUUUCUGGAGGGUACAAACACACCUGCGGUUCUGCUCAUACUUGGGCAUGGCUCACCCUCACCAAGACAGCACGCUAUCCUGGGCCUCCGAGCUGGAAUUCUCUCGUAUACAGGGCAUAACUUCCUAGGAGCUUCCUAGGCUGUUCCACAGUUGAGUGACAGUCUUAUCCCAGCAAAUGGGAAUUGUUAGGGCUGCUGUCAUAUUUUGCCACUCUUUGCACUAGUUAAAAAUCACUGGCUACAACUUUACAAUCUGUGGCUUAUUUCCUGGCACACAAAAGUUUAGGAAGUCUUGUGGAUGACAAUAGGUCUAACUAUUGAUUGAUCCAACUUAAUAAAUAUUUUUAUUUUUAAGGAGAGUUUAAACACUGAAAACUGCAGCAAUCCUCGGUAUCAGGCUUCCUUAUGCUUACGGUAGUCCAUGUACAGAAGAGGCAGGUGUGCAGAGAGAAGAGCUUACUGCAUCAAUGGCUACAGCUGAGGACACUUGCAAGUUGCUAAUGUUCAAAGUGUGUCCCUUUCUUCUAACAAAAUGUAUUUUUCUCCUAUAAAACUUUGUCAAAGGUGGAGACAGAUGAUUAGUGUUAGUAAUUGACACCAGUAAACUGUGUGUCAUAGCCCUAAUUAUCAUUCAUCAUCCAGGGUCAAAUGGUACUGCAGUUACACAGAAAUGCUCAACCUCUUUACUGGAAAGUAUCUAAUUUUUAAAUUAUGAACGUAAGUUACGGUACCAUGAAUGUGAAAUGCGACUUUUUUGGGGGGGUAAAAAAAAGUCUUCUUUUUGCCAGGUAAAAUAGCUGCAUUCUCCAAGGUGAGAGGUUACCUCAGGACUCUAUGUUUUGCAAUAUAUUACAAGAAACCUGAUACAGCUGCGCUUAAGUUUUGAUUCUGUUCAAGUAAUGCCUUCUGUUACUUCAAACUGUUCCUCUAGUCCUGCAUACCUGUAAGAUUUCUUCCAAUUUUCCUGAUUGCUAUAUAAAGAAGUAGAAAUUACUGCAACAAAUAAAGGUAGGAUUGCUAUUGA